GUCUGUUCACCGAUGAGUAGAAUGUUGUGUCCUUAAAUUCCACAGAGUGACUGAUCUAGCCCCAACAAAAUAAUCUAUAAAAGACAACCCUAGUAACCUUGUCUUCUAGAGUUAAUUAACCAACUCUUUUCAAAGAUAUUCUUUCUGAAGAAGAAAAUGGGUGAUUCACAAAUAGAUGUUCAUCGUUUAACACCAAACGGGACUUCAACUCAUGAACAAAGACAGAGGCAGCCUUCCCUUCAUCUCCUUUCUAGAGAAAAUUCAAACCUUUAUCUCAACAACUGUGUGCCUCUUCAUAAGGCUGCAUUAAAAGGUGACUGGAAAAGUGCCAAAAAAUUGUUAGAAAAAGAUCCUACGAUGUUGUGUGCUGGUAUCACAAAGGGACACGAAACUGUUCUUCAUAUUGCGGCAGGAGCCAGACAAACUGGCUUUGUAGAGGAGCUAAUAAAGUUGAUCCAAUCGGAAGACCUGACCCUGCAGGACAAAAAAGAAAAUACGGCCUUCUGUUGCGCCGCUGCAGCAGGAGCUACUGAUAUCGCUAGGAUUAUGUUGAAGAAGAAUCCUAGUCUUUUGACAAUCCGAGGUGGUGAAAAGAUGAUGCCUGUGUUUUUGGCUGCUCUGUUAGCACAAGGGGAGAUGGCAUCUUUUUUAUACGAAUUAUCUCAAGCGAAACAUGUUUUCCAGUGGGAGGACGAAAUUGCUCUAUUUUUCACUUGUCUCACCAAUGGUUUAUAUGAUCUCGCAUUAAAAAUGCUAAAGGGUGAUCCCAAAUUAGCUACGGCUCGUGAUGGAAAUUCUGAGACUGCCUUACAUGUUUUGGCUCGAAAACCUUCAAUAUUUUCUGACAACAAUCAAGGUCUAUUCAGAAGGCUUAUCAACUCAUUCUCAGGAUUAAUGAAGUUGAAUCACAGCAAGGAUUUCGAAUCAACUCAAGCUCUUCAAUUAGUCAAAUGCCUAUGGGAAGAAAUGUUAAAACAACAUGUCUCGAAUGCGGAGCUAGAUAAACUAACACAAACACCUUCACGAAUCAUCUUUGAGGCAGCAGAAUUUGGAAAUUCCCAAUUUUUGGCUGAGCUCAUUUCCCGUUAUCCUAGUUUGAUAAAUCAAUUUGAUGAAAAUGGUUACACUAUGUUUCAUAUUGCAGUUUUACACCGUCAUGCCAAUGUUUUCAAUCUAAUAUAUGAGAUAGGUUUAAGUAAGAAGUUGUUCAUGACUUGUGAAGAUAAGGAGCAGAACAAUAUGUUGCAUUUGGCUGCAAAAUUACCACAUCCAAGUCGAAUUGGUAUCUUAUCAGGUGCAGCUCUACAAAUGCAGAGAGAAUUAUUAUGGUCUAAGGAGAUAGGAAAAAUGGUGCAACCUUCCUUUCGAGAAAAGAAGAACUCAAAAGGCCAAACACCUCAAGUGUUAUUCACUGAAGAGCACAAAGAGUUAUUGAAAAGCGGAGAACAAUGGAUGAAGCAUACCGCUAACUCAUGUAUGCUUGUUGCAACAAUCAUUACCACUAUAAUUUUUGCAGCAGUUUUUAGUGUACCAGGCGGUAACGAUAGUAGCAAAGGAUUACCUAUUCAUCUGAAAGAGACAUGGUUUCAAGUUUUUGUCAUAUCAGAUGUAAUCGCAUUAUCCUCGUCUUCUAUUUCUAUUCUGAUGUUUUUGUCGAUCCUUACAUCGCGAUAUACAGAAGAUGAUUUUUUGGAGUCUUUACCAUUUAAAUUGAUGGUUGGACUCUCUACACUCUUUGUAUCCAUAAUCACCAUGAUGGUAGCUUUUAGCACAACUCUUUUAUUAGCUUAUCAUGAUAGAUUAAAUUGUGUCACGAUGCUUACUACUGUAUUUACGUCUGUACCAGCCACUCUAUAUGUUCUAUUGCAGUAUCCUCUUCUAGGAGAUAUAUUUUGUUCAACAUAUCAUUCUAGGUUUUUGUUUAAACCAAGUAAACCCAUGUUCAGAUUUGUUUGACCUUGAAAGUCUAUUGUAUUGUA